ACUUAUGGAAAAGGGCAGUUUAAUCUUAUAGCUGCUUUUGGUAACUGGGAAUUUAUAAUCUGUAAAAGAUGGCUGGAAACUAUCGGUUUGCUAUGGACCAAAAGGAUAUUGUGAUGUUAGUGGUAACAAGUGUAGGAAGUUUUACACAAGAUCGGUUGAUUGAUAAGGAGCAGAGAACACAGCAUAAAGAACAGUGUGCCGAAAGAUUAGCAGCUGAAGAUGGAAGCUCUGAUAAAGAUGCAGAGGUUCGAUACUCAGAUCAAGCUGUACUUGCGAAUUUGGAUUGGGGAAUUGACGCUCUCGAAGAAGCUAUCAACACAUCUAAUAUGGAAACUAAGCUUGCACGUUUGGACUAUGCUGAGAAGAUGCUGCAGGUUUGUGCAAUGUUGGAUUCCAACCAGAAGACUGCUGGUGUUCCGAAUUUUUACCUUUCUGCUUGGGCUCAUCUCAAUCUGUCAUAUCUUUGGAAAUUGCGAAAUAACGUCCAUAAGUCAGUUCUUCAUGUUCUUGAGAUGUUUAUUGUUGAUCCAUUCUUCUCCAGGAUUGAUUUUGCUCCGGAACUCUGGAAACAAUUGUUUCUUCCGCAAAUGAGUUCUAUUACUGGGUGGUAUUCUGAGGCAAGGCACAGACUGAUGAUGGAAGCAAUUCCUGACUCUUCUGAUUUGUCAUUUACGGCUGAUUUGGAUCAGUUCUUCAAUGAAUCUUUAAUCUUUUCCAUGAGGCCAGAGCAAAUGGAGCAGUUGCAAAAUCUGGAGCAGCUUUAUGGAGAGUCACUAAAUGAGAAUACAAGGCUUUUUGCUAAAUACUACAAGGAUUGCAUGAACUCUGAUUCAACCUCUAGUAAAAAGGUGAUUCCAAUGUUACCAAUUGCAGAACCGCCUAUGACUCCUUUGCAUGAGAUCAGCCGCUCAAUUCCUGAUUAUGUAAGAUUUGGUCCUGUUUUGCCUAAGAGUGCUGGAUUUUCGCCAAUUCUCAAAUCUAAAGAUAAUGUGAGGAAACCUAGCAGAAGAAAUGUAACUUCUAGACCCUCACAGUCACAGGAUCUGGAGGAGUCUGCUACAUGGGAUACUCAAGAGGACAUGCUUGAGGAGAAUGAAUAUGAUUCUGAUUAUGAGCCUAAUGAUGACUACAUAAAUUUUGAAAACCAUAACUCAGUUUCUUCUAGUGGUGUUAAAAUGACUGAGGAUAAGGAAAUUGGGGAAAAAGGACUGGAGUCGAAACCGAGGACCCAAGUGCCUUCUCCUCCAAUUUUCUCUCCUAUGGACUCUCCUAAAACUCCUCCAAAUGUUUCAUCUCCAAAAGCUGAUGUGCAGAAUAGAAAAGAUGUGUUGCGUCUAUUGUCAAGACGUGUUUCAGAUUGUGCUAUGGCCAACUCUUUGCCACUGUCUCCUCAUAUGAAUAAUGAUUACAGCAUUAGCUCAGCAGAAUCAGAUAGUGAAAUGGUAGUUUUUUAAAGCUCUCAUUUUCAAAAGAGUUCCAGAAAAAGCCAUGUCCGGCCAAGGAGCAUGAGUUAUGACAAUGUGAAUGUGGAGGGAUUAGAUAAUAGUUUCACUAAUGAAAGCGAUGAAGGAAGCCAAAGCUGCAUUUCAAUUCCCUGUUCUGAUAAGCUGACUUCUCGCUCAAGACCCCCCAAAGAUUUUGUUUGCCCAAUCACGGGCCAGAUUUUCAAUGAUCCUGUUACCCUUGAAACUGGUCAGACAUAUGAAAGAAAAGCCAUUCAGGAAUGGCUAAAACGAGGAAAUACGACAUGCCCUAUAACUCGACAGCCACUCUCUUCAAGUGCACUCCCUAAAACAAACUAUGUCUUGAAAAGACUUAUAACAUCUUGGAAAGACCAGUAUCCUGAUCUCGCUCAGGAAUUUUCUUACUCUGAAACACCGAGACAUUCAUUCGGAUCACCCUCCAUUAAAGAAACGGCAUUUGCAUCCAGUCCAUCGGGGACAUUUGAUUUUCACAGUCACAAGAGUACAACAGAAGACUAUAGUAAUCUUAGGAGCAAAAGAUUUAUGCGGGCAGCGAUAUCAACUUCACCAACUAGUGUAAUAUCUCAAGCUGCUGUUGAAACAAUUAUUAAUGGAUUAAAACCAUACGUGUCUUGUCUCUGCACUUCAGAAAACUUGGAAGAAUGUGAAGCUGCAGUGUUGGUGAUAGCUAGAUUAUGGAAGGAGUCAAAGGCUGAUCCUGGAGUUCAUGCUUAUUUAUCUAAACCAACAAUUGUAAACGGCUUUGUGGAAAUACUAUCAGCCUCUUUGAACCGGGAAGUUCUCAUAACAUCAAUUUACAUUCUCUCCGAGCUGAUAUUUGCGGACGAAAGUGUUGUUGAGGCUCUUACCGGUGUAGACUCUGAUUUUGAUUGCCUGGCUGCCUUGCUAAAAAAUGGGCUAGCUGAGGCAGCCGUUCUUAUAUUCCAGUUAAGGCCAGCAUUUGCUCAACUUUCAGCUCAUGAUUUUAUACCCUCCCUUGUCCAGAUAAUCCUUAACAAAAGUGAAGAGUUCGAUGAUCUUCAAUUUAUCAUGGGGCCCAAGGAUUCUGCUAUAGAAUUGCUUGAGCAGAUACUGAUGGGAGGGGAUGAAAACAGUAGGUCACUUAAUGCUUUGACUGUCAUCUCUGAAAAUGGAAUUCCUGCGUUAAUCAAGUGUUUGGACAGGGUGGAAGGAAGGAGGUCCGUUGUUUCCAUACUGCUAUGUUGUAUGCAUGCUGAUAAGAGUUGCAAAAAUUUGAUAGCAGACAAAAUUGAAUUGUCUCAUGUGCUUGAAUUGUUCCAUGCUGGAAACGAUAGUGUUAGAGGCAUAUGCGUAGACUUUCUGGCAGAGCUGGUUCAGUUGAAUAGAAGGACAUCCUGCAAUCAGAUUUUGCAAACAAUUAGAGAUGAAGGAGCUUUUAGUACAUUGCAUACAUUCCUAGUCUAUCUUCAGAUGGCUCCAAGGGAGCAGCAACCUGCCAUAGCCUCUCUUCUCCUUCAGCUUGAUCUCCUGGUAGAGCCACGGAAGAUGAGUAUCUACAGGGAAGAAGCAAUAGAAUUACUAAUUGAAGCACUCCACAGAAAGGAUUUUCCUAACUCUCAAAUGAUGGCUCUAGAUGCUUUACUGUCUCUUUCUGGGCGUUUCACUUCUUCCGGGAAGUCCUAUACUGAGGCUUGGUUACUUAAGAUUGCAGGGUUUGAACCAACUUACAACGCAUUAAUGAAGAUGGAACGACUCAGUAAACCUGAAUUUGAUUUGGUGGAAACAAUGGAAGAGGAAGAGAAAGCUGCAAAAGCUUGGGAGAAAAGGGUGACUUUUGUACUCUGCAACCAUGAGAAGGGCUCUAUUUUUAAGGCAUUGGAGGAAUGCCUGAGGAGUAAUUCUCUAGAUAUAGCUAAAGCUUGCCUUGUGGUUGCCGUAUGGCUCACACACAUUCUUUCCAAACUUCCUGAUACUGGCGUAAAAAAUGCUGCCCGCAAGUCUUUGCUUGAUGAAUUUGUGAAUGUGCUUCAAUCGUCUAAGAACCUGGAGGAGAAGAUUUUGGCAACGCUUGCUCUGAAAACUUUCAUUAGUGAUCAAGCUGCACUUGAGGAGCUUGGAAAGUAUGCUAAAUGCAUCUAUGGAACCCUGAGAAAGCUUAAGAAGAAUUCAGUGGCAGUCGCUGAUAUAUUGAAAGCUUUGAUGAAUCUGUCAUCAGUGAAUGCAACAGAGUUGUGGAACUGUACUGAAGUAGUUGAGCUAGAUUCAUCCACAAAUGGUGAAAUUUUGUGCCUGCUUCAUUUAAAAGGUCGUCUUCUGAGCAGCCAUGCUGAUGGAACUAUAAAGAUUUGGGAUAGUGGGAAGAGAGUUCUAAGGUUGAUUCAGAAAGUACGUGAGCACACCAAAGCUGUCACAAGCCUUUAUGUUUCAUCUUCAGGUGAAAAACUGUACAGUGGCUCCUUGGACAAAACAAUCAGGGUCUGGGCAAUCAAACCGGAUGAAAUUCAUUGUGUUCAAGUACAUAAUGUGAAGGAAGCCGUGCUUGAGCUGGCAGCCAAUGCUGAAUUUGCUUGCUUUACUUCUCAAGGAACCGGUGUAAAGGUGUAUAAUUGGUCAGGAGUUCCGAAGCAUAUCAAUUUCAAUAAAAACGUCAAGUGCCUCGCCAUGACUGGAGAUAAAUUAUAUUGUGGAUGCUCCAGUUACUGUAUCCAGGAAGUGGAUUUGAGCAACUUGACAUCAAACACAUUCUAUUCUGGAACAAAAAGAUUGUUGGGGAAACAAAAUAUACAGUCCCUAUAUCUGCAGAAAGGUCUUCUCUUCGCUGGUGGUUCUUCAGUUGAUGGAACGGCAGGAAAGGUAUUCAGUCUCUCAACAAAGGCAGCAGUUGGACUGUUCUCAACAAGAUUCGAUAUUCUGCGCAUUGCUGUCAACAGUGACUUCAUAUUUACAGCUACUAAAUGUGGAAUAAUUGAGGUUUGGCUGAAGGAAAAAGUCACGAGAAUUGCCUCCAUUAAACUCAGUGGUGGAGGAUGCACCAGAGUCACUUCCCUAAUUGCAGAUAGUGGUGGAGGGAUGCUUUUUUCUGGUUCUUCUGAUGGAAAAAUCCAGGCUUGGGCUCUGGACUAGGUGCUUUCCUCAACUAUUAAGAUGAGUGCUGUUAAUUUAUAAGUGUUAAUAAAAUGUUUGGAUUCCAUCAAACAAAUUCUCUUAGUAUUUGCUCUUUAGAGAACAUUUGAAAUUCAAUUUAGUUUGGAUAAAUUAUGACUACAAGAAGGAUCAUUUAAGCAGAAAUACGAAGGAAAAUAGCUCCAAUACCAUAAUGAACACAGACUCGAGACUAACUACCAAGCUCAUCUCUCCAACACUCAAACUGGACACUAUCUACCCAAACUGUAGUGUCGAGUUUCAACUUCUGACUUCACCACAAAUUCGAUUUAUUUGAUUCGAAUAUAAACUCUGAUCUGUUUCAAGAUAAAGUCGAAUCCACCCUAAUUAAAAAAAUCUUAAAAAAAGGAAAAUAAAAAUAGAAA